AUGUUACAGGCAAGCAGCUGUUACUUUUCAACUUCCUCCCAAAGAAAAUCUAAGUUCUACACAGACCCUGUAGAGGCAGUGAAGGACAUCCCUAAUGGAGCUACCCUUCUCGUGGGAGGUUUUGGGCUGUGCGGCAUUCCAGAGAACCUGAUUAACAGUCUAUUGAAGACGGGAGUGAAGAGUUUAACUGCUGUUAGUAAUAAUGCAGGAGUGGAUAACUUCGGCCUGGGCCUGCUCCUUCAGACCAAACAGAUCAAGCGGAUGAUUUCCUCAUACGUCGGGGAGAAUGCAGAAUUUGAGAGGCAGUAUUUGUCUGGAGAGUUGGAAGUGGAGCUCACACCUCAGGGCACUUUAGCCGAGCGGAUCCGAGCUGGAGGAGCAGGGGUCCCAGCCUUCUUCACUGCCACAGGUUAUGGCACCCUCAUCCAACAGGGAGGCUCCCCCAUCAAGUACAACAAAGAUGGAAAAAUUGAAAUUGCCAGUGAACCCAGAGAGGUACGGGAGUUCAAUGGCAGGCAUUACAUCAUGGAGAAGGCCAUCACCGGAGACUUCGCCCUGGUCAAAGCGUGGAAGGCAGAUCGGGCUGGAAAUAUUGUUUUUAGGAAAACUGCUAGAAAUUUCAAUCAACCAAUGUGCAAAGCUGCAAAAGUCACAAUUGUAGAGGUGGAGGAGGUGGUGGACGUGGGGACUUUUGCUGCAGAAGAUAUCCACAUCCCCAGUAUCUACGUGCACAGGGUCGUCCAGGGAGGCAGCUACGAGAAGAGGAUUGAGAAACGCACAGUCAAGAAAAGUCAGGCGGAAAAACCCAAACCAAAGAAGGACUCUGAUAUUGUUCGAGAGAGGAUCAUUCGCCGAGCUGCCCUGGAGUUUGAAGAUGGAAUGUAUGCCAAUCUUGGUAUAGGAAUUCCAAUGCUGGCCAGCAAUUUUAUCAAAUCAGACAUCACAGUUCAUCUCCAAAGUGAGAAUGGCAUUUUGGGACUGGGCCCAUACCCCACAGAAGAAGAGGUGGAUGCAGAUCUGAUCAAUGCAGGGAAGGAGACUGUGACUGUGCUCCCUGGUGCUGCUUACUUCUCCAGUGACGAGUCCUUCGCCAUGAUCCGAGGGGGUCACGUCAACUUGACAAUGCUGGGAGCUAUGCAGGUUUCAAAAUACGGAGACCUUGCCAACUGGAUGAUACCGGGUAAAAUGGUGAAGGGGAUGGGCGGUGCCAUGGAUCUCGUGGCCAGCGCUGGGACAAAGGUAGUGGUCACCAUGGAGCACUCAGCUAAGGGAGGAAAACACAAAAUAUUGGACACAUGCAGUUUGCCUUUAACGGGGAAGCAGUGUGUGGAUCGCAUCAUCACUGAAAAGGCUGUGUUUGAUGUGGACACGACUAAAGGCCUCACUCUGAUCGAGAUCUGGGAGGGACUGACUCCAGACGACAUCAAGGCCUGCACUGGGGCCCAGUUUGAGGUGUCUCCAAACCUGAAGCCAAUGCAGCAGAUCUAGAAUGUGUGAAAACUCCAGUGUUUUCUUUUGUUUCAUUUUAUUUGCAUAGAUUUGUAGGUUUAAUAGAAGCCAAAAACCGGACUUAUAAGCUGAUAGAACAAUGUUUCUGAUUGUAAGAGGAUUGGGAAUUGUACGUGUUUAAAUAGAAAGCUUAGUGAAUAGUUCAGUAUUUUUCAAGUUAUAGUGAUGAUGAUCAACAGUCAAUGCAAUGUUAAAGGUGCAUUGUGUAACUUUUCUGGUGGGGAGUCCGUCAAAUGUUACAAAGUGCACCUUUUUUUUUUUCUUUUUCUGAUUGUCAAUGUCCACAGCAAAUCCUCUGUCAGUGAAAGCAUUUAGUUUAAAGCAGAGUUCAGAUGAAAUUUUUGGCAAUUUUGGGAAUUUUAUCAGAAACCAUUGUAGUUUGUCAAGAAUAAGUCAAGAUAAAACUGAAUUAAAAAUGUAAUGGUCAAUAUGAGGAAUGUUCUUUUCCAAAUCACCCAGCCCUACUUAUAAUUAAUACAUUUUCACUGUCAUGUUGUACAAAUAUUAAAUGGAGAAAGACUUUGAAAAUACUGGGGCAUCUCUAACCUAUACAUGCUGUUGCUUUUACCUUCAAAUAUCUAACUGUAAUUUAUCAUUUACUGUAAUCUAAGAGCAGAAACACUUAUGAAUACGUAGGUCAGCUUUGUUUUCAGAUGUUUGAUUUAGUUGUACUUUUAUUGUACGCAGUGUCAGCCUGUUUUGAAUCAUUUUUGAAGACGCUGUUUCUGGGUGAACUGGAGUCAGGUGCGUAUUUAAUAUGACUGCUAUAUGUACAUGCCUUAAUGUUAUUAUUCAAACACGUCCACCACAUUUUUGUAUUAACGCCAAUACAACUAUAUGCAGUUUUCAUCAAAUAUUGUGUUUUUCUGUUUGCUCAUUUUCGGGAAAUUCAAAUAUGAAUAAAAUUGUUCAGUAAAAUAA